AUGAUGCUACUGCAUAACUUGCCCCAACACUACCAGGAAAACGAGGGACCUGAAGUCCUACCAAGAACCUUCAAUUCGAAUUUAGUACUAACUCAAUUCCAAAUUCCUUGCUUGUCCAACUCUCUCAAAAAUUACAGUUUGACUUAUAAUUACUGCACUAAUAUCAUGGAUCCAUUUGUGCCUGUUGUACCCUCCUGGUACAUUUCUGGAGCACAGCUUUCAGAUUAUUGCAUCCAUAAGGAACCAGGUUCAUGUACUCCUAGACCAAGACAUAAAGAGUUCAGGAAAUUCCUUCAUUGCUGCAAGCUUCCCUGAGGAGCAGAAGGGAAGCACAGAGGAUUUGCUCUACGUAUACUGCCAGAAGACAACUGAGCAAGGGAAAAGUCUCCAUGUAUAUUUGUUAAUGGAUGUCCACGUUAUGUGUGGAGCUGUUUUCAGAUUCUUGUCAGUGAAAAGCACCAUGCAAUUUGGCUGAAUUCUGUGAGCCCUUUGGCAUCAGAAGGAACUGAAAGUGAUUCCCAGAGUGUAGAAAUAACUUGUUUUAGGCACCUCUACCCUACACACAUUUCUAAGUACACCAUGUUCCCAAACUUCAAACCUGAGGAUGAGACUGGGAUCAAUUCAAGCAGUCAUCAACCUUUCCAUUCCAGUUUUUCUAGGAAGACUUUUGACAUGGUUGUUCUGAGAAGGACCAGAGUGGUCAAGGGUGCUGGAGACCACAACAUACAGCCAGCAAUAACCAAUAUGCUACAAAACAUUGAAAGGGCGCUGGAGAUCACAACAUACAGCCAGUUCUUCACAGGAAGAGUUCCAGUACACUGCCUUAUCCUGAGUAAUUACAUAAAAGCAGUUUGCAAAUUGACUGGAGAACUAGGUGAAGAUCCAGAACUAAUAAAUACUGCACUUACUAAGAAUCUCAUGCUUCCACCACAAUCCCUGCUAAGAGACAUAGAUGGCAGUAUAAAUCCUGCUAUUUCCUUCAUAGAGAAACAUUUCUGCAGGUCUGCCACACCUCCUGAAGGGUGCACUGCAUGCUUACUUCAAGGUGAACAUCCCCAUGAAUCAAUUCUGCAAGAACAGUACUCCUUCAGGUCAGCAGUGCAAAGUGACAGAAAGCACAGACCAGAAGAGGGGUGUGACCCAAGAGCGGGACACUCUGUUUCAGUCAUGCUACCAGAAAGUUCCCUAUCUUGGUUCAAGCCCACAAUAAACAAGCUUCUGAAAAUCACCGAUAUGUUGCAAAAAUAAGCACUGUAGAGGCAGCAGCUUUCAGAAAGACCCAAAUUUGAAUCCCUUCCAAAAUCUGCAUAUUCACCUGCCUACGAAGACUUCAAGCUCAGAUAUUUGGAUCAACACACAAUAUGGGAAAACCCACUUAGCCUAAGUAAGCCAAGCUUGCCACUGGAUGUAAAGCAUGAGGAAAGUGGAAUUUUGUUGCAUAGACUCUGGCAUCAAGAAACAUGUCUGCCUGCAUGGAAACCAGAGGAUGGGCCAAGGGAGAUAACACUGCCUGAAUGGAUCCCUAGCUGUGAAGUUCCUCAGCACCAGACAGUGCUGAUGGAGCUGCAACAUUCCUUCUCCAAGACAGCAGCACAAAAACAUUUACAUGAUGUGUCUGAAAGGAGGCUGCAGCAGAUGAGGGACGGCCUGUUCUCCAGGCAGCCUGAAAGGAGGCUGCAGCAGAUGAGGGACGGCCUGUUCUCCCAGGCAACAGGAGGAGAGCCCAGUCUUAAACUGCACCGGGGGAGGUUCAGAAUGGACUCGACGAUCCGAGGCGUUUCCCGCCCUCCCCGAUGCUGUAAUUCUCUAAUUGCGCCCUUUGCUCCCGCCCUCACGGCCCGACCGCCAGGGCGCGGGACCAGCGUGACGCCCCACACGUCACUGCGCAGGCCCCGCCCACCGCCUCGGCCACGUGCUGAGGGCGCCGCGCGACCCUUGCUUCCCCUUGCGCUGUGCGCGUGCGCCCGCAGCCCCCGCGCCCCGCUGCUGCGCGCCCCCUCCGCGCCAGCGUGA